GGCGGAACCGGCGGGCGGGGUCCGGACCUCGGCUCGCGGAGCGCGGAGGGCCGGGUGGGUCUCCCGGGGUUGGGGUGCUCCCGCGCCCGGGGCUUGCGUCCCCCGCGCCCCCGCCAUGCGCGCACCUCGCCCCCGCGCCGCGCUGCUCGCGCUCCUGGCCGCGUCCCUUGCGGCCGCCGAGGCUCCGCACCUGGUGCGCGUGGACGCGGCCCGCGCGCUGCGUCCCCUGCAGCCCUUCUGGAGGAGCACCGGCUUCUGUCCCCCACUGCCGCACAGCCAGGCCGACCGGUAUGACCUCAGCUGGGACCAGCAGCUCAACCUGGCCUACGUGGGUGCCGUCCCUCAUGGUGGCAUCGAACAGGUUCGGACCCACUGGCUGCUGGACCUCGUCACGGCCAGGGGGUCAGCCGGGCAGGGCCUGAGCUACAACUUCACCCACCUGGACCGGUACCUGGACCUUCUCAGGGAGAACCAGCUCGUCCCAGGCUUCGAGCUGAUGGGCAGCCCCUCCGGACGCUUCACUGACUUUGAGAACCAGCGGCAAGUGUUCGAGUGGAAGAACCUGGUCUCACUCCUGGCCGGGAGAUACAUCGGUAGGUACGGUCUCAAGCACGUUUCCAAGUGGAAUUUCGAGACGUGGAACGAGCCGGACCACCACGACUUCGACAACGUGUCCAUGACCCUGCAAGGCUUCUUGAACUACUACGACGCCUGCUCCGAGGGUCUGCGAGCCGCCAGCUCGGCUCUGCGCCUGGGCGGCCCCGGAGACUCCUUCCACCCGCUGCCGCGCUCCCCGCUCUGCUGGGGCCUCCUGGAGCACUGCCACAACGGCACCAACUUCUUCACCGGGGAGGUGGGCGUGAGGCUGGACUACAUCGCCCUCCACAAGAAGGUCCAGCCCGGGAUCCCCGCCCUGCCGUCCGUCCCCGCCCCCAACCCAGCGCCC